CUCCCGCUGCCUGGCAGACACUCGGCUGUUUUCGUAUCUUUCCGGACACCCCCCCCCCUCGCCCGUCUCCUAGGCUGCUGCGGUCUGUUCGGUGAGGCGGCCGUUGUGGGCUGAAGAUGGCGGUCGGGACGGGGCGGCGGCAGCGCCGGGCAGCGGAGCGGCGGGAGCUGUUAUGCAAACGAGGCUAGAGGCGGGCAGACGCGGAGUCAGACAGACGGAGGCAGCCCGGAGCUGCUCGGCCGCCGCUCUCCCCCCAGCGGGGAUGGACCUUGGGGCUGCGCCUCGCCGCGGGCAGCGCGGGGCUGGCAGCGACCAGUCCCUGUGAGCGGCCCCCGGCAGCGGCAGCAGCAGCGGCGCUGAGGGAGCCGGGCGCCGCCGGGGAAGAUGUCGGAGACCAAGGUGAAGGUGGCCGUCAGGGUCCGGCCCAUGAACCGCAGAGAGCUGGAGUUGAACACCAAAUGUAUUGUGGAGAUGCAAGGGAAUCAGACUGUGCUGCACCCACCCCCUUCAAACAUCAAACAGGGAGAUAACAGAAAACCACCAAAGGUGUUUGCCUUUGAUUACUGCUUCUGGUCCAUGGAUGAAUCAAACACCACAAAAUAUGCAGGUCAAGAAGUGGUGUUUAAGUGCCUUGGAGAAGGAAUUCUUGAAAAGGCCUUUCAGGGAUAUAAUGCUUGUAUUUUUGCCUAUGGACAGACAGGUUCAGGAAAAUCCUUCUCAAUGAUGGGCAAUGCAGAGCAGCUCGGCCUGAUCCCACGGCUCUGCGGUGCUUUAUUUCAGAGAAUCUCUGUAGAAGAAAAUGACUCUCAGACCUUUAAAGUUGAAGUGUCCUAUAUGGAAAUCUAUAAUGAGAAGGUCAGAGAUCUGUUAGACCCUAAAGGGAGCCGGCAGUCCCUUAAGGUUCGAGAGCACAAAGUAUUGGGGCCAUAUGUAGAUGGCUUGUCUCAGCUGGCUGUUACUAACUUUGAGGAUAUUGAGUCCCUGAUGUCGGAGGGAAACAAAUCUCGAACGGUUGCUGCAACCAACAUGAAUGAGGAAAGCAGCCGCUCUCAUGCUGUAUUCAAUAUUGUAGUAACUCAGACACUUUAUGACCUGCAGUCUGGUAAUUCUGGAGAGAAAGUCAGCAAGGUCAGCCUGGUGGAUUUGGCUGGUAGCGAGAGAGUGUCUAAAACAGGAGCUGCAGGAGACCGUCUGAAGGAAGGCAGCAACAUAAACAAGUCACUCUCAACGCUGGGAUUGGUUAUAUCAUCACUUGCUGACCAAGCAGCAGGAAAGGGGAAAAACAAGUUUGUGCCUUAUAGAGAUUCUGUACUCACCUGGCUUCUCAAGGACAACUUGGGAGGAAACAGCCAAACUGCCAUGAUAGCCACAAUUAGCCCAUCAGCUGACAAUUAUGAAGAAACGCUCUCUACGCUGAGAUAUGCAGACAGAGCGAAAAGAAUAGUUAAUCAUGCUGUCGUAAAUGAAGAUCCAAAUGCCAGGGUCAUUCGAGAACUACGUGAAGAAGUGGAAAAACUGAAAGAACAGCUCUCGCAAGCUGAGGCCCUGAAAGCACCAGAGCUGAAGGAAAAAUUGGAAGAAUCUGAGAAACUGAUAAAAGAACUUACAGUCACAUGGGAGGAAAAGCUAAGGAAAACAGAAGAAAUUGCACAGGAGAGGCAAAGGCAACUAGAAAGCAUGGGAAUUUCCCUAGAGUCCUCUGGUAUCAAGGUCGGGGAUGACAAGUGUUACCUGGUUAAUCUGAAUGCAGAUCCUGCACUCAAUGAACUUUUGGUUUAUUAUUUAAAGGACCACACCAGGGUUGGUGCAGAUACCUCUCAGGACAUACAGCUCUUUGGUAUAGGGAUCCAACCAGAGCACUGUGAGAUUGACAUUGAAUUAGAUGGGGAAGUUUCUCUCACACCAAAAGAAAAUGCAAGAUCCUGUGUAAAUGGCACACUGGUAUGUACUGCCACUCAGCUGUGGCAUGGAGACCGAAUCCUAUGGGGAAACAACCACUUUUUUAGAAUCAAUCUGCCAAAGAGGAAGCGACGAGAUUGGUUGAAAGACUUUGAAAAAGAAACUGUGUUAGCAGAACAUGAUUUGGAUGCAACUAGCGAAGCUUCUUCAGAACCAGAUUACAACUAUGAAUUUGCACAAAUGGAAGUUAUAAUGAAAACACUGAAUAGUAAUGACCCAGUCCAAAAUGUGGUGCAGAUCUUGGAGAAGCAGUACUUGGAAGAGAAGCAGAGUGCUCUUGAGGAGCAGAGAUUGAUGUAUGAGCGUGAGCUCGAGCAGCUCAGACAGCAGCUUUCUCCAGAAAGGCAGCAUCAGCACGGCAGUGAUAGGCUCUCAUAUACAGCUCAGACUGCCCAACAAAAAGUAAACAUCUGGACAGAAGAGAGGGAUGAAUUGUUCCGGCAGAGCCUGGCUAAACUUCGAGAGCAAAUAGUAAAGGCCAACACACUGGUGAGAGAAGCAAACUUCUUAGCAGAAGAAAUGAACAAGCUAACUGAUUAUCAAGUGACACUUCAGAUCCCUGCUGCAAACCUCAGUGCCAACAGAAAGAGGGGGGCAAUAGUAAGUGAGCCAACUAUUCAAGUACGAAGAAAAGAAAAAGGUACUCAAGUGUGGACUAUUGAGAAACUGGAGAAUAAAUUGAUUGACAUGAGAGACCUAUACCAAGAAUGGAAGGAGAAAGUUCCUGAGAUAAGGAAGCUCACUGGUAAAAAAGGUGACCCUUUCUAUGAAGCACAAGAAAACCAUAUCUUAAUUGGAGUAGCAAAUGUCUUUUUGGAGUGCCUUUUCUAUGAUGUUAAACUUCAAUAUGCAGUGCCGAUCAUCAGCCAGCAGGGGGAGGUUGCAGGACGGCUGCAUGUUGAAGUGAUGCGAGUCACUGGUGUUGUUCCAGAACGUGUAGCAGAAGGGGAUGACUCUUCUGAGAACUCCAGUGAGAGCGGAAGCCUGGAAAUCAUGGACAGCAAUGGAGAAAUUAUUCACAGAGCAAAAAAGCUCACCUGCAGGGUAAAAAUAAAAGAAGCAACUGGACUACCACUGAAUCUGUCUAACUUUGUCUUCUGUCAAUACGCGUUCUGGGAUCAGUGUGAGUCAACUGUAGCAGCACCAGUGGUUGAUCCUGAUGUGCCAUCACCUCAGAGCAAGGAAGCUCAGUUUACAGUGACCUUCUCUCACUGUAAGGACUAUGUGGUGAAUGUGUCAGAGGAAUUUCUGGAGUUCAUUUCAGAAGGAGCUCUUGCUAUUGAGGUGUGGGGUCACAGAUGUACUGGCAAUGGCAGCUCCAUUUGGGAGGUUGAUUCUCUUCAUGCUAAAACUAGGACACUGAGAGACAGGUGGAGUGAAGUAACUCGCAGAAUAGAAAUGUGGAUUUCCAUACAAGAACUAAAUGAGAUGGGGGAAUAUACAGCAGUUGAACUCCAUCAGGCAAAGGAUGUAAACACUGGUGGGAUUUUCCAACUUAGGCAGGGUCAUUCUCGAAGAGUUCAAGUGACAGUGAAGCCUGUACAGCAUUCGGGAACACUUCCUCUCAUGGUGGAAGCCAUUCUUUCUGUGUCUAUAGGCUGCGUGACUGCCAGAUCAACCAAACUACAGAGGGGGUUGGACAGCUACCAGAGAGAUGAUGUUGAUGAUGGUGAUAUGGAUAGUUAUCAGGAAGAAGAUUUAAACUGUGUGCGAGAAAGGUGGUCUGAUGCACUCAUAAAACGCAGGGAGUACUUAGAUGAACAGAUUAAAAAAAUCAGCAAUAAGCAAGAGAAAACGGAGGAUGAAAUAGAACGGGAAGCACGGCUACUAGAACAGUGGAUGGGACUAACAGAAGAGAGGAAUGCAGUUCUUGUCCCAGCCCCAGGCAGUGGCAUCCCAGGUGCUCCUGCAGAUUGGACCCCACCUUCAGGAAUGGAAACACACAUACCUGUCCUUUUCCUUGAUUUGAAUGCUGAUGACCUCAGUGCCAAUGAACAGCUUGUAGGUCCCCAUGCAUCAGGAGUUAACUCAAUACUGCCAAAGGAGCAUGGGAGUCAGUUCUUUUAUCUGCCAAUCAUAAAACACAGUGAUGAUGAGGUUUCAGCCACUGCUGCUUGGGAUUCUUCAGUCCAUGAUUCAGUACAUUUGAACAGGGUAACACCACAAAAUGAGAGGAUUUACUUAAUAGUGAAGAUCACUGUGCAACUUAGUCAUCCUGCUGCUAUGGAAUUAGUACUGCGUAAAAGGAUUGCAGCCAAUAUUUACAACAAGCAGAGUUUUACCCAGAGUCUGAAAAGGAGAAUAUCCUUGAAAAAUAUAUUUUAUUCCUGUGGUGUGACCUAUGAAAUAGUAUCCAAUAUACCAAAGGCAACAGAGGAAAUUGAAGAUCGUGAGACUCUGGCCCUGAUGGCAGCAAGAACUGAGAAUGAGGGUACAUCUGAUGGUGAAACUUAUAUAGAGAAAUAUACACGUGGUGUGUUGCAGGUGGAGAACAUUCUAAGCCUUGAACGACUAAGGCAGGCAGUCACAGUGAAAGAGGCACUCUCUACUAAGGCAAGACACAUACGGAGGAGCAUCAGCACACCAAAUGUCCACAAUGUGUCCUCUAGCCGAUUAGAUGUUUUUGGCUGUGAUGAAGAUGAUAAGGGCUGGUCAGAAAGCCACCUUGAUAUAUCCGACUGUUCUUCCAGUUAUCAAGAUGUAUCAUGUUACGGUACUUUACCCAGGGAUUCCCCUCGCAGAAAUAAAGAUGCUGGUGGUUGUAUAUCGGAGACUCCACAUGCCUUAAUGGCCAGCCCUUUUAAAGCAUUUUCUCCCCAGCCACCAAAGUUUUUCAAGCCCUUAAUGCCUGUAAAAGAGGAGCAUAAAAGAAAGAUCCCUCUCGAAACUCGACCUCUGCUUAGCCAAGAGAGCAUGCCUUCAACUCAGGUACAUAACGCUGGCUGUGUUGUGCCCUCAGGAAGUAAUGCCAGCAGCAUGCCAGUAGAAAACAAUAGCAUACAUGAAGAGAAGAUUGACUCUGAUGAAGAGGACAGUGAGUUGGAGGCCAUUAAUAAGAAGCUGAUAAGCUCACAGGGUUUUCAUAAUUUUCAGCCUUAUGUACCUGAGGAGUUUGCUGACUUCAGUGUUUACAAUGCUAGUCUGGAGAACACAGAAUGGUUUUCCACUAAAACAGACUUCAUGAAUUCUCGUGUCCUUGAGAAAGAGGUAUCUCGCAGCCCCACCGCUAGCAGUAUUACUAGUGGCUACAUUUCGCACAGUGCCUCUAAUGCUACACUGUCUGAUAUGCUUGUUCCCUGUAGUGAUAGCACAGACCAGCUAGCCAAUCAGAUGAAGGAUUUGGACUCUAGCGAUCAGUCAGGACCAUGUCUUGCAUAUGUUUUGAGAUCUUUGAACAAGGAAUUUCCAGAAAGAGGCUUAGCUAAAGAUAAGAUACAUGUGUCACCACUCAAAGAAAACAGUGCCUUAGCAAAAGAGAUUCCACCAUCCCUAAAUACCACUGACAAAAACUCUGAGAUGUUACAUAGAGCUGACUCUUGUUCAGGUUUAGAUUCCUCAACUAGCAAAAACAUGCGAGACAAAAUUGAGUUUUCAUCCCGGGAAGCAACAACUGAGCACACUUCAGAUGUUCUCGAAGAUCAUUCAUUUACAGAGUUCAUGGGUGUUGAAGAUGGAAAGGACUUUGACCAGUCAGUAGAUCCAAAGUUAUGUUCCACUGGUUCUUCUAAAGGAAGGAAAGAAAUACCAGUUGCUGGGGUGGACAGUGCCUCGGAUUUAUCACAAAACACUUACAAAGAGGGCAUUCGCUUAGGCCAGCUGGAUUCUGUGACUGUGGGUUACCAGCUGUCAAACGCCAUUGAAAACCCUCUCUUUUCUGUAUUAGUAAAAGAGACUUCAUACUGUCAGACAUAUCCUGAUUCUUCCCUUAAUGAUUUUAUUACAAAGAACCAUUUAGAUGUUUCUGACUCUGAAGAUGGUGCUUCUGCAGAGGAAGCCCACACUUUGCCUAGCUGGGUGGCAGUGGGAGAACAAGUGUGUGUAGGGAGUAAUAAGACAGGCACGGUGAGAUAUAUUGGACCAGUGGAUUUUUCAGCUGGAAUCUGGGUUGGAGUUGAACUAAGUGUUCAGUUGGGGAAACAUGAUGGAACUGUAAAAGGUAGAGAGUACUUCCACUGCAGGCCACGACAUGGUUUGUUUGUUCGUCCUGGGCGCCUCAGUAAAGCACCAGCUUCAACAAAGAGAUGCAGUAGCACUUCACAAUCUCAGGCAUCCUCAAGUUUAGAGAAGCGAAAAAGUUCUGUACUUCAGGGGUCAUCAUCCUCUUCUAAAGCAGGAGAAGCACCCCUCUGCCAAUCAGGAGAUGCAGUGGCUUCUGCUUUUUCUAGGAAACAAGAGAACAGGAAGUCUUGGAUUAAAUAAGUCGUAGUAUUUUGCACUUGCUACACACAUUGAAGUGUAGAAACCUUUAUGAAUUUUAAAAGUCUUUGUACAGUUUUCAUCUGUCCAUACUGAAUGUGCAUUCUGUAGAGUCAUGGACUUAAUUCUCUAAUUUUUUAUAAAUAAUAUAUAUAUAUUAUAUAUAUAUGAAUGUGUAUCUAUAGUUUGUCUGCCAAUAGGCAGAUAUGGCUGCACACUAAAAUACAGUUAAAGCUGUUUUGUAGAUACUUAUGAGGUACUGGACUAUUUGUUAUACAGCAACUUGGGAGAUGUAUUUUAAACAAAAAAAAGAAAAUAUUUUAUUUUGGGGGAAAAGGAUGUAAAACCAUAUUUGAAAAAACUACACUAUGCUGUUCUUAAUUACCAAAGAACUUAUAUUAGACUGACACAUUUGCUGUUUAUAUCUUGUUUUUAUGGUAAACGUUAGUUUUAACUAUUAGCUUGGUGCCAUGUUUCUUUUAGUCACUGGGCACCAUGCUGCCUUAUGUCCUGUGUUUAAGAACACUGAAAUAUCUGACUGCUUCAUAUUUUAUUUUAUGUUUGUCUUCCUAGAGGCCUGCCACUGUGGUGAUUUGGCAUUGUAUUGAAAAUACUAUCAAUGCCGAGCCUGUAUGUUUGGAAUUUCUUAUGCUAACCCAAGCCAAGCAGUUUGAUUGCAGAAACAGUAUUACUGCAAGGAAGUGAGGACAUCAUUUCCUUUAAAAAUGGCUGUUAGGCAAAUAGGGAAACAAAGCAGCAGUAAUGGAUCACGACUGCAAACCUUGCACUGUUAUUUGCUGGUUAUGAUCAAGCUAAAAUGGAACAUUCUAAAAUAAUUGUAAUCUGUAAAGUCUGUUUUAAUAAUGGAAAUGAUGGAGGAAUUUAUGUACAGUGCUUGUGAGUUCUUGAGAAAACUGUUCCACAUGUAGAUAUUGUAGAUGCCUGUACAAUGUCCUGGAUAUUUGUAAAGUAACAAAUGGUAAAAAUGAGUGAAAUGAAUGGCCUGCUGUACCUGUUUUUCUUUAUUUCGUAGCCAAGUGAAUGAGUGAGAUACCUGGGACCUUACUGAAAAGCUGCUGUUAUUCCUUUGAUUUUGUGUAUAUUAAGCUGACUCUAGUGUUUUACUAUUUACUGUAAAGAACUGUAAUUUAUAUUCUAUUUCUGCCAUACUGUAUUUAAUUGAUACAGAUAUUUUGUGUUUUAGAAUACAGACUGUGUUUCAGAUUUUAAAAAAGAUUGUUUUGCUUAUAUUUGACUUCAGUACUGUAUUUAAGGCUUCAUUAUCAAAAAUUAGGUUUAACGAGUUUGCUAAUUCACAGUUUUGGUGCUCCAGUGGGAUAUACUGUAUGCACCUUUCAAUAGAUGUAAAUGCUAAAAAGAGACUAUAUCUUUUAGGAGUGGAAGAGUGGACAGUAUUAAUCACUGAUACCAUUGACUGGCUCAUGUGAUAUAGGAUUCAGUGAUGACAGAAUACAAUGAAUCUGACUGGCCCAAAUAUAUGAUUUGCUUUUUGGAAAAGAACAUACAUAGAGCAACAGUUCACAGUAUUGCUGUCCACCCAGAACUGAUCAAAGUGUAUCAGUGGAAGAAAUUAUCAUGAGGAUUGUAACUGAAGAAUUCCUUUGUGAAAAAGUAUUUUAUCAAGGAUAAUAAGUGAUCCUAGAACAUAUCCAAAUGUUUAUAUCAAAACAAUGUUUUAAAUCUAAAUUAAGAGUAUAAAUUAACAAAACUUUUUUAAAAAAAAAUUCUAAAAAAGCUACUGUAUUUUCCCCAAACAACUAUUUUGGAUCAUUCGAAGACUAAUGUGGACAUUAUCUUAUGGUAAAAAUACGUUAUUUUGCUUUACGAUGGUGUUUAAACAUGCACUCUUAUAUUUAUUCUAGGCCUUCAUUAAUACAAAAUGUGCAUUUACUUCAGAUAUUUUGGGGAUAGGUUUGCCUGUGUUAAAAUGCUGCCUGUAAAGAUAUCGUACAAAAAUAACAAACCAGUCAACCCUAUCUGACUGUUAUACAUCCAUUCAAGAACUAUUUAUACAGUCGUGGACUCUGUACUGACUGAAACUCCUGUGCUUCUGCUAAGUCUGUAUGUUUCAUAGAUUCCCAGGCCAGAAGGGACCAUUCUAAUAAUCUAGUCUGACCCCCUGUAUAACACAGGCCUCAGAACAUGCCAAAAUUCAUUUUGAACAAGAGCAUAUUUUUUU